AUGCCUUCCAUGAAAGUGGAGGGUGACAGUGAUGGAGAUGUCGAUUUGUCCGGGGGCGAGACGGAAAGGUCUGGUGGCUCUUCUAGAGGGCCUGAUCGUGACUCCAGCGCUGACGAACCAGACUCAGAUGACUCCUCUGAGAUGGAUGAGAGUGAAUGCGAAAGGCGGAGGAAUGAAUGUCUUGAUAAUUUAGCUAAUCUUGAGCAUCAGUUCACAUUACUCCGUGACCAGUUAUACAAUGAAAGAGUCAAAGACGUGGAGUACCAGUUAGCUGAAGUGAGAGGUGGUAGAUCACCAGAGUAUCUUGGUCCUUUAAGAAGGUUGCAGGAGAAUAUGAGAAUAAGGAUCGAAGUAGCGGGCAUCUUAAAGCAGAUGCGAAUAGAUAAUAUUAAACAUAAGUUUGAGGCUGAAGAGCAAGCGGCUCACCAAAAUUUUAAGAGUGAAAAAUGGUUGGUUUAUGAAUCAUUAAAAGAAGAAAUACUAGAAAAAAUAAGAAAAAUUGAAGAAGAGAGGCAUACGGUGGAUCUCUGGUCGUGUGGCGCCGAAUGGGGACGCAAAAGAAGAAAGAGACAAGUGACUGUUUCCCCGCCUUACGUUGUCUACAUGUUACCUGAUGCUGACAUCAUGGAAGAUUGGAGACUAGUCAGGAAAUUGCUAGAGAGGACUGAUUAG